AGCGCAUCCGGGCGGCCGCGUGCAGCGUGGUUCAGUCUACAGUAACUGAACCGGACUGAGGGGAAGAGGAAGCGGACCGGCGAGACAGAGGGAGAGAUGGGUGACAAUGAGAAGAGAAGGAAGGAUGAAAACGCCAACAACGAUGACAAAGUUACCCUGAAAAAGGAAAUCGGACUCCUGAGCGCGUGCGCUAUCAUCAUCGGGAACAUCAUCGGCUCAGGGAUCUUCAUCUCGCCUAAAGGAGUGCUGGAGCAUGCAGGCUCUGUGGGACUGUCACUCAUCGUCUGGGUUUGUGGAGGAGGGAUCUGUGCUCUCGGCUCAUUGUGUUACGCUGAACUGGGCGUCACAAUCCCAAAAUCUGGAGGAGACUAUUCUUAUGUGACGGAGAUCUUUGGAGGGCUUGUAGGCUUCCUGUUGUUAUGGAGCGCUGUUCUCAUCAUGUAUCCAACUACGCUGGCUGUCAUUGCCCUCACCUUCUCCAACUACGUCUUGCAGCCAGCCUUCCAGAACUGCUUGCCUCCAUUCAUCGCCACCAGGCUGCUCGCCACCAUCUGCGUCUUGUUCCUGACCUGGGUGAACUGCUCCAGUGUUCGCUGGGCAACAAGGAUUCAGGAUAUUUUCACUGUAGGGAAGCUUCUGGCUCUAGCGCUCAUCAUCGUGGUCGGACUGGUGCAGAUCUUCAAAGGUCACUACGAUGCCCUGGUGCCCAGCGCGGCCUUUGAGUUCAGUCAGGAUCCCUCGUUUGGACAGAUAGCCCUGGCCUUCCUACAAGCCUCCUUUGCCUACAGCGGCUGGAAUUUUCUCAACUACGUCACAGAGGAGGUCGUGGAGCCGCGCAAGAACCUGCCCCUUGCCAUCUACAUCUCUAUCCCACUGGUGACGCUGGUCUACACCUUGACCAACAUCGCCUACUUCACCUCCAUGACUCCAGAGGAGCUGCUCACCUCUAACGCUGUUGCAGUGACUUUUGGAGAAAAGCUGCUGGGCAUGUUUUCCUGGGUGAUGCCCAUCUCUGUAGCUCUGUCCACCUUCGGAGGAAUCAACGGAUAUUUGUUCACUUCUUCCAGAUUAUGCUUCUCUGGAGCCAGAGAAGGUCAUCUGCCAUACCUCCUGGCUAUGAUCCAUCUGAAAAACUGCACACCAAUCCCUGCUCUGCUCGUCUGUUGCCUUGCCACGGUACUCAUCCUGUGCCUUGGAGAGACGCACAACCUGAUCAAUUACGUGUCCUUCAUCAACUACCUGUCCUAUGGGGUAACCAUCGCUGGCCUGCUUUACCUGCGUAAAAAGAGACCCAACCUGGCCAGACCCAUUAAGGUAAACCUGUUGGUCCCCAUCACCUACCUGAUUUUCUGGGCCGUGUUGCUGGGCUGCAGUUUGUACUCUGAGCCGGUGGUGUGUGGCCUGGGGAUGGUCAUCAUGCUGACUGGUGUCCCCGUUUACUUUGUGGGAGUUCAGUGGAAGGAAAAACCCAAAUGGAUUUACAUCCUGCUCGAAAGGGUGACGUACCUGGGCCAGAAGCUGUGUUAUGUUGUGUUUCCACAGGAAGACUCCUCAGAGACUGAACCCCUCACUGCCAAAGCCGUCGACUGAGCAGUGAAGGCAAACAGGGCUCUCGUUUUCUGCAUCCACAUCUGCACUUUGUUUUUUGGUGUUAGUUUGCGCUGCUGUGUGCAUUGAGAAGAGUUGCUGUCAUAUGUUGUACAUUUUGCUGAAUGGAGCUGAGACGGAGAACGUUUCAAAGGAGAGAUACUUUUAAGAUGAAUAUGCAAACAUUUUCUGCAUUUAGCCAUAUUUUUAUUGCUACUGCUGCCUCAGACCCUGUUUGACUAAUUACUCUUGUUUCUCAUUGGUCAGUUACAAACUUCUCUGUCUGGUCAUUCUUUCCUACGCUACAAAUAUUCUGCUCAUUUCAUCUUCAGUCUGUUUCAACUAUUUACUGAGAGACACCAUAUGUGCCUUAUUGGGUUUUUAAAAUAUUUAUCUCUCCUAGCAAAGACGGAACAUGAGAGACACGAGGAAGAUGUGAAGCUUUCAGGGUUGAACGUUAAUGAAUUUGUGGUUUUUCCGAAGUAGCCUUCAAAAGAUUUUUCGGACACUUUCCCAGUUUUUAAACUCUGUAAAGGUGCUCGCACAACCAAGACGUUCUCAGACUUCAGAAGUCAACCUUGUAACCAUAUAGUACUUGUAUGUAAAGCUGUUGUUGGACAGCAUUAGCUGACGGAUGCUCCGACGUACACAGGCCUACACCCACUUUCAUGCUACCUGCCAACUAACUUAAGGUACUGAUAUUUUACACUGGGACAGAUCCUAGUCGACUCGACGUACUAAAACUUACUUGAAUUCAUGUUGUCAGAUUUUUACAUCAUCCGGCCACAUGGUGGCGCUGGUGAAAUCGCUUGCAUUUGAAGAGCUGGUCUAGAUUUGAGUCAUCAAAGGCAGUUUCCUUUUCCUCUGACAUUUGGCUCCAUUUCAUCCCUGUAUAGUUUUGCAGGAGAACAUUUCGCGGCCAGUUUACGAGCUAUUUUGCUGAAUUUCGUUGAACUUCUUUUUCCAUAUUAGGCAGUAGCUCUCCAUUGUACUCGGCUACUCCCUUUUUUUUAUAAUCUCACUACAAUCUGACUUAUUUUUUUUUAGGGGAACUGGCUCUGAUAACUUGUCAAACUUCCACAAUGUUCAAACUGUCCUUUUAAACUCUUUGGGGAUCUUAGUGCCAUUACUACUGGGUCAGUACCAUUACCUGUAAAAGUAAGGUAACUGAUUCUGCCGCUUUUUACAGCAUUUUGCAAAGACAACAGAAGAUGAAGGUUGAGGCCUCUGGUUUUGUUUAACAAGAUGUAAACCAGAGAAGUUUGUGCAGGAAUUGAACUUGUGGUGCUUUAAAAAGGCCAUAAAUACAUGUAUAAGCUGGUAACUAGGCUAUAAAGAAGGCUCUAUAAACUUAUCAACACAUCUGUCUAAUGUCCAGGCGCGGUUAUUUUUGCUAUUUGUAAAUACUGUGUGAAGAGAAACGAGCCACGGACUCCUUCUAAGAUUACAUUCCUCAGACGUGUUGCGAUGUCUUUACACACUACCUGAUUGAUGUGUGUUGCCCCUGUUGUCUGUUAAAAAAAAAAACAUGUAAAGUUGUACAAUAAUAACAAUGAAACUGUUAUUAAAUAUAGCGGCUUAUAAAAGAUGGCUUUCCCU